AUGGAAGAAAUUACAUCUCAAGAUAGUAUAGAAGUUAUUUAGUAAUUACUGCUAGAUUCAUUUAGUGCUAGAAGUGGAAUAGAAUAAAAAAGAGCAGAAGAUUAGCUUAGUCGACAUUUACAAAAUGACCCUAAUUUCAUCAAAAAUUUAUUAAUCAUAUCUUCAAAGAGCGAUUUAUCUGAUCAAAUAAAGGAAAGUGCUUGCACAUAUAUAAACACAGGUAUGAUUGUCAUGCUUAAUGAUAAGAAAUGCACAGUAGAAUAAAGAAUUUAAUGGGCAGAUUUAUUUAUGAGUGCUUUUAAAGAACCUUCAAUUAAGUUGAAAAAUAAACUAAAAUUGACAUAUCCCUUGACUCUAAUUAUAAAUUCCUCCAAAAGUAGCGAAAUAAGAAUAGCAAUAUUUACAAAGAUUUUAGAGUGGAUCAAUAUCAAAGAAAAAUAAUUUAUUACAGCAAGUCUUCUCGGCCUAUAAGUUAUAAUUUCAGCUAUUUCUGAGACGUAAUACCUUUACAAAAUAUUUGAUGCUAUUGAAUUAGGAUUUUGUGAAACAGCAAACUUCUUUAUAACUCCUCUUUAAGAUUUGUUUAAUUCUCAUGUAAAAGAUAUGCAUCCUCCUAAUUUACCAAAAUUAGCUCAAGAAAGCAUAGUAGAAUCGUUAAACAUGUUAACUCUUUGGGCUUAAACUUUGAAAAAGAUAGUUUCUUAAUUCCAAAGCAAAGACGAUCCUUCUCACGUUAUGCUGAUGCAAAAAUUACUUACAAAUGAAAAUAUAGCUAAAGUUGUCUAUAAUAUUUUAGAUAUUAAUGCAUAUAAAAAUAGCUAGCAAGGAUAAAAUUAAUUCUUAUAGAAUUGUUUAAUCAGUAUGUCAGGUAUAGAUUCAGUUGAUGAAGGUUUAAAUGAAUUAAAAUCAGUCAUCUUAGGUGUUACAAGAAAUUUACUUUCAUUUACCUUUGAUAAACGCCCUAAAAUAAAGGUUGAUGAUAACAUGUUUUUUAAAAUGCUAGAUACUCUCCUUCCAAUAAUUUUUAAGAGUUUAUUCAAUUUUACAAACUAGUCAAAGUAUAGAAGUGACAUGAAUUUCUUCAACACUAUUGAAAAUUCUAAUUUUAUUAAUAAAUUGCUCACUAACUCUUUAAAAAUUUUAGCUGAAUCUGGAUAAAAUAUGGAAUUUUACAAGCUUUUCCAAGCAAAUUUGCAGAAUAUCUUGGUAGAUAUACUUUUCCCCUUAGCUUCUUCUUCAUAAUCUGAGAUAGAAAUGAUGAAAGACAGUCCUGAAGAUUUUAUUUCUAUUCAAGAAGAUUGUUGCCAUAAAUAAGAAAGUGAUUCAUUUAAGGCUGCUACUUUCAAAGUGUUUGAAACAAUUGUUGAUUUCAUAGAUGGAGGUUUGAUGUCAGUAGGAAGUUAUGCAGUUUAUAUUGCAUAAUAUGCUUUAAAUUGUUAAUCUCCAGAUGAAAUUGAUAAGAGAUUCCCUUAAUUAAUCCCUUUUAAAUAAAGCAUUUUUUUAAACAAUUUGCCGAAGGAGAUUUUAUUAGAAACAGCAUUUUUAAUACUUUCAGAUAUUCAAUAUAAAAUAGAAGAAAGAGAAGAUUUGCUUGAUUUGUUGUAAACAAUGAUUAGAGAUAAUCUGUAUUCCAUCACUAACUAAAAUAUUUCAGAUAUCUUUAAAUGCAGAUUCUGUUGUUUUAUGAGUCUUUAUUAUGACAAACUAUUCUGGAAUUCAUAGGAUAUUCCUGCUUUCGAGCAAUGUGUAAAUACAAUUUUUACUUACUUGCAAUAUACAAAAGAAGAAUAAAGAGUUGUCUAGCUCUCUGCCAUCGAAGCACUAGACACUAUAUAUUUUGAUGAUGAAUAUUCUCAAAGAUUAAUACAAACUCUAUUCAAUGCUAUAAACUCAUUGAUUAAAAACUUAGUCCACAUAGAUUAUCCGAGAUACUUCGAUCUUAUCUACUCAGUCACAACAAAAUUCUCCUCCUAUAUCAAAGAAAAUCAUGAAGCUCUAAGCAGUAUAUUAGAUGCUUUAAAUAAAAAAAUUUUCUAAGAGUAUGAUAAAGUUAUAUCUGGUGGAUAGAAGAGCACUAUCUGUUUAAACAAAAUUAUGAGUAUUAUCAAGGGGAUUUGUGAAAAUAAAAAUUAUAUGCCAUAAUUCAUUGUUAUGAUAGAAGGAAAACUAAAUGAAAUUAUACUAAGAAUAGGAAAUAACCCAAUCAGUGCAAACUUUGAUGAUGACCUAUUGCUGAUUCUUCUUUCUAUGAUAAAACACUCGAAUAAAUUAACAGAAUUAACUAAGUCAAUGCUUCCUUUGUUUCCAAAUUUCUUCUAGAAGAAUAAUGGAGUUCUUUCUAAUAUGUUUUAAGCUUUAAAUUAUGUAUUUAUUCAUGGAAGUGAUUAUUUAAAGGCUAACCAUGCUAUCUUACAAAGUUUAGCUGAGAUAUGUGUUCAUACUUUAUUUACCCAAUCUCAAUAAGGAGUUUACUGUACCAAUUCUGAUAGAGCUUAAGGAGCAACUCUUCUUUAAAUUCUACUUUAAAGCAUAGCAAAUGAGAUGCCUCCAGAUCUUUUAGUUGGAAUAAUAAAUAAAAUAUAUGAAAAACUGCAACAAAUUCAAUAAAAAAAGAAUGAAGUUAAAUGUAAUUUCUUAAGAUUAAGAUUGCUAGGAGUUAUAUUUUUGGCAUUAGCAUGCAACUUUGUUGGCGUGCAAUAAUUAUUAGUUUAAAGUAAUAUUUUGGGCAAUAUUAUCAAAUAAGUUCUCACUUACGGACCUAGAAUUACUAACUAAUAUGAUAGAAAAAUUUUUAUAAUGAGUAUCAGUUAAAUUUUAGUACAAGAUCCAGAUACUUUGUCUGAUGAUUUCAAGAAUAGUUUUAAAGACCUGCUAGAAUUGACAGUUGCUCUUCUUAUUUGCUAACAAAAAGAAGAAUAAAUCAAUCUCAAAAAAGCUCAAAAAAAGAUAAACCAAGAGAAGACUAAAAAGAAAAAAUCACACAAGUAGUAAGACUCUGAUAGUGAUUAAGAUGAUGAUGAAUCUGAAGAUGAUAACGAAUGGGGUAGUGAUAGUGACACAUCUAAGGACUAUGAUGAACCUAAUCUCAAAUUAGAUUCAUAUCCUAAUUAAGAGGAUGCCUUAGAAGACAAAAUCAUUUUAAAAAAUCUGUUAAAUCCAUUUAAGCACAUAGAUGAAUUUAACUACUUCAAGCAAAGAAUAUACUCUUUAAAGUAAUAAAGACCAUAGUUAUUCUAAUAAAUAAUUCAAAAUAUAUCUUAAGACUCCCUGAAAGAUUUACAAAAUCUCGUAAAUAUAGAAAGGGUAAUCACAGAAAUUCCAUCAAAUUCUAAAAGCAACGAUUAAACUGUUAAACAACUUAUUCCUAGAAAAAUUUUAAAAGCAAAAAGAAAAGAAUAACAAUUACAAAAAUUCGAUGUCGAAAAUAAUUGA